AAUACAUUACUUUCAGAUGUAUCGAAAUAAAGUUAUUUUAAAAUUGUACAUUAUAAACAAUGUACAAUACACAAAUGACAAUAAUAUUAUAUAACCCUACAAAGAUUUCUUGAAUAUAAUCAGUCCGAGGGAGGGGCUGGUAUAAUGAAUCGCUACGUGGUACUGCAACAACUCGGCGAUGGUACUUAUGGUUCAGUCGCACUGGCGCAGCGACGGGAUACCGGUGAAAAAGUUGCCAUAAAGAGAAUGAAACGAAAAUAUUAUUCUUGGGACGAAGCUAUGAACCUUCGGGAGGUUAAAUCGCUUAAGAAACUUAAUCAUGCAAAUAUUGUUAAAUUACGCGAGGUUAUCCGAGAAAAUGACACUUUAUAUUUCGUGUUUGAAUAUAUGCGUGGAAAUCUAUAUCAGUUGAUACGAGACGCAGAGAGGCCUUUCGCAGAGCCAAUUCUGCGUAAUAUAUUGUACCAAGUGCUUCAAGGCCUGGCUCAUAUGCAUCGGCAUGGCUUUUUUCAUCGAGAUCUAAAACCUGAGAAUUUAUUGUGCGUGGGACCAGAGUUGGUAAAAAUAGCAGACUUAGGACUAGCUCGUGAAGUGCGAUCGAGGCCACCUUAUACUGAUUAUGUAUCAACUAGAUGGUAUCGUGCACCUGAAGUUUUACUGCACGAUACACAUUACGGGGCUCCUAUUGACUUAUGGGCAGUCGGCUGCAUUAUGGCGGAAUUGUAUACUUGUCGUCCCUUGUUUCCUGGAAAUUCCGAAAUCGAUCAACUGUAUAAGAUCAGCGCAAUAUUGGGGACUCCAUCACGCGAAGAGUGGCCUGACGGAUACACGCUUGCUGAAACUUUACGCUUUCGUUUUCCAACGUGUGCAGGCGUGCCUCUGACACGCGUCGUACCAACGGCUUCGCCUCCUGCACUAGCUCUUCUCGCUGCCUUGUUGAGAUACCCACCUCGUGAUCGUCCAACAGCACCCCAAGCUCUCAGAUUCCCUUAUUUUGCGGUUGGUGCCACGCUUGUUCUACCACCACCGGCAUCAAGAACACGUCGGAGCGGAAUUCGCGCUGAGGCGGAAAACGCAGUUCCUCCGGCCAUCAAUUCCACGACACAACCGACGGUUCCGACGCCUUUACGAGAUCGUUUUGCCGACAUUUUAGGAGGUGAGGUGGUGCACUCGGCACGACGCUCACGAGCCGGCGGAGGAGCAGCACGCGGGCGCAGCGUGUUAGCUGCGUUGCACGUCGGCGGCGCGCCAAACGCCGGGGCCGCGCCGGACGAAACGCGACCGGGCGCGGGCGCGGCGGCCGCCUACCUCGGCACAUCGCGCUAUGUGGCCGGUGCUAGGAUUGAUACCGCGCUUUUUCACCCACUCGCAUUCCGCACCCAUAGAGAGACAACCGCGGUGGGCAGCGGAGCUGCGAGAGUGGAUUGGGCGGCCAAAUACCUGCGUUAGUGACGUUAGAAGCAUUAGUUAUUUAAUGUAAAUAGCGUGCCCUAGGCGAAAUU